CGAAGCACCACGGCACCACGGUACCCACAACAAGAGGGCAAGGGCGGGGAUCGAAACACCAAAAGGGGUGGGGCGCUGCCAUUAGCAUGGGCGGGUGGGGCCCAAGCUUCGGGGCCCCCAAACCGUGUGGUGACAGACCGCGUGGUGACCUCGUCACCGCAGGACCUCGGAGGACCCCGUCGUCCGAGACAUCCUCGGAUAACGACUCAAGUCCCACAACCGCGCGGUGACCCCGAAUCCCCGGGACUCACCACGCGGUGUGGUCACCAUCCCCCGUUCGGGGGCCCGCGACAUGCCUGGGGCCAUCUAUCAUGAGGCCAGGGUGGGAGGGCCGACACCUCCACUCGCCAAUCUCUAUCUGCGGCGAGCCUCGGCUUGACGCUGUCUUGCGCCGCCGAGGCCGAAUGACCCUCCCCCGCUCGCCUCCCCGCGAGCGGCGAACGCAUCCACGUCAGCGCCAUCGCGAACUGCACACCCAAGGCGCAAUCCCCUGGAUGCGCCACCACGUGAAUCUGUGCCGCACGGGGCAGCGGUCCGGGGGCCCAGCCCGCGAGGCCGCGGAAUCGGAUAUCACCCGAUCCUCCCCUCUGGCCACAUCCUCCCUCCUCGCACAGGCCCGCCCGAGGCGCCCCCAGCGGGUGUCGGCGGGGCCUGCGAGCUGGGGGGCCUGGGGGCGGGCAGCGCCGCCACGCCCGCGCCCGAAACGGGGCGCGCCGGAGACCGUCUCCGUCCGCGCCGGCUCGGCAGAUAUACCCGCGUGCACUGGCGGAGCGGAGAUGCGCAUGCGUCAGAGAUCUGCCCUCUGCGGGGGGCAGGUCAGAGCGCCCCCGCGGAGAAGCUCACGCCCAUGGUCCUGAAAAAGUCGUUCUUCACCAGAGGGCGUCUCGCAUGCGGCGACGUGCCGAAGUUCUGGUGCGUGAGGGUCGCCCACCCGAUCUCGUGGCUGGAGCAGACGGGGUGACCGAACCGCUCCCUGGGCCCUCCGCUCUUGGCCUGGUGCCUGAGGUAGGCGUACCGCCCCUGACCCUCGUGCGACACGCCCCACUUGAAGAAGUCGUCGGCCGUCAUGCUAUGAUUGGCGAGCUCCUCCUUGGUCAUGGUGUGCGGAUCUCUCGUUAGGCCCAUAGUCUGAUCCAGCUGCCUGUCGGCACAGCUCUGCUUCUUGAGCGGGGGCAGUACCACUGCCGACGCGCUGAGGGGCAGGCCCUUUUUCCUGCGCAGCUCAUCUACAUGCUUGAAGUUCAUCCUCAUCUCCUGUGAUGCAUUAGAAACUACAUAAACUUUAAACUUUCGGACCCCGCAGGAAUUUCUGGAAUCUGCGCUGGCCCCCCUCCUUGGCGUAGGGGCGGAAGCGGAGGCGUCGCCUGGGGGGCCCAGCACAGACCCGAGACAUCAUCCGUGCGGAAGUUUGAAAGUUCAUGCUUACGCCAUGCUUGUUCCUCUACUCCUUGCGGAUGGUCUCGCGCAGGAGCGCACUGCGAGUCGUGUCCAUGGCUGCCCAGCUCGACGAAGCACGCCCCACACGACGCCCGCUCCGCAGCCACCGAUCGGGUGUGCUGGAGAGCGAGGCCGCUUGAGCGAAAAUGACUG